AACGUAUUGCGCGACAUCAAUAUCAACGAUGCCUCCUAAAAAGGCUGCAAAGUCGGCGGCGACUGCGACGGCCGCGUCUGGUCGCCCUCGUAGAGAGACCGCGACAGAGAAGACUACCACUACAACUACCAGCACUGCGUCAGCGCCAAAGAAGCGCGGCAGACCGGCUAAGGAGAUCGUCACUGAAGCAGAGGAGCCGCCGAAGAAGCGCGGACGCCCCGCGAAGGCUGCGAUUGUGGCGGAGACCGCAGAACCCAAGCCCGCCACCAAAGUCGGCACCACUGCAACGCCGAAGAAGCGCGGUCGUCCGGCGAAGGCUGCACCGGCCGAGCUCGAGACUGAGCCGCGUCGCAAGCGCGGUAGACCGCCGAAGGGUGGCGAGACGACCAAGCAAGCCGAGGACGAUGAGGCAGCUGCAGAUCAGCUUGAGGGUGAGCUGAACGAGACCGCCGAGGCAGCGGAGAAGCAGGAAGCGGUCACCAGUAAGCGCAAAGCCCCUUUCAAAUCUCAAGCCAAGAAACCUGCCAACCAUGAAGCCGAGCAGACGGGAACAAGCCAACAGUACUGGCUGAUGAAAGCUGAGCAGGAGGAUCGUGAGGAGAAGACUCACGAUGGCACGGUCAUCAACACCAAGUUUACCAUUGACGAUCUGCGCGCAAAGACUAAGCCUGAGCUCUGGGAUGGCGUGCGUAAUGUGGUCGCCGCUAAGAACAUGCGCGCAAUGAAGCAAGGCGAUCUGGCGUUCUUCUACGCUAGCGGCGGUAAGGGAGGUCGCACGCCGGGCAUUGUAGGCGUCAUGGAGGUUGUCUCUGAAGCGGAGCCGGAUGUGACCACGGCGAACGCAAGCACUUAUGGCUAUGUUGAAGAUGAGAAAGCCCGCAAUAAGUGGGUCGUUGUCGGCGUUGCAUUCCGCAAGAAGCUAUCCCACCCUGUCUCACUCAAGGAGCUCCAGAAGUACAAGGCUGCAGGUGCGGUGCUGGAGAACAUGCAGCUCUUCAAGCAGUCGCGCUUGAGUGUAUCGAAGGUGUCAAAGGCUGAGUGGGAGUUUAUCAUUGACGAGCUCGUCGAAGGCUACGAGGCUGAUAAUGUCGCGAACGAUACAGUGGCCGCUGCGGAUGGCGCACAGCCACAGUCUGGAGGUACCGCCGACGAGGAAGGCGCCAAUGGCGGCAGCGAGCACAAGCAGAGUCAUGAUAACCCGGAGACCUUUGACAGCGCGACUUUGCAGCCCGACGGUACCGCGAACCCCAGCAGUGAGGUCUAGGCCGGGGAAGGGCAUGAGCGACGGGUGAUCUCACACUGCGCCGCAGCAGAGCUCGGUACACCGUGAGGCUACAAUGUGGGCGUAUUGCGCUCGAGUCGCUCAGUGCAACAGGACAGGGGAAAGACCCACAACACUAGCUGGUAUCCUGCCUGCAUGUAAUAUACUGUAAUAUCGAUAUAUACUCUCGCAGAUGAAGAUCUC